AUGGUACUCGCCCUCGGCGAGCUGACCAACCAGCUAGUCGUGGAAGUUGCAAAAGUCGCGCCUGGAAAUGACUCGCCGCGCGUUCAGACUCUCCGUCGACGAGUGGAACGGGCUCUCCGCCCUGGUCCCCAUGGCAGGGUUGAUCAAUUUGCAGUUGCGCGCCAACUGGAUGGUUUGCAGGAGAAAUUCGAGGUUGUCGAUCGACCAGAAUUGGCCGAUGCUCUCCGCACACGGCUCUCCGAACUAGAAAACUACCCCAAUGCAUGGCAUCCCGAAAUUUUGAGUCUGCUACUGCAAUUAUCAGACCGCCCAUCAUUAUUGUCCAGAAUUGAAAACUUACCAAAGCGUGAAGCCUUACCGGCUGAUGAUGACGGUCCUUUAUCUUGGUCCAACUUGGAUGUGAAUCCCCACUCCGCGUUCGAGGACGAGAACAUUUGGGAAGAGGUCGACUUUGCGGCUGGCUCCUCAGAUGAUGAUUUUUCGUCUAUCGCCAGUGAAAUUUCAGCUCCCCGGGACUUGUCAAAUCUGGACGGCGGGAUAGAAGCUGAAUAUGUUAUCCCCGACGAUGUUUUCGUACCGGCAGAUGACGACAGAGACCUUCUGGUUUCCAUAAGGAAAGGUCAGUUCUGGAGAUCGGAGAACAAGGCUCUAGUGCCUCGCGGCAAGGAACUUGCCUCUCAAAUCAUCACAGAACUUCAACUGGCCCGUGAGACAAUUUUCAUGCUUCAAGGCCUGCCCACAUCGAUCUUUUGGCAUCUUGACGAAGAUGUCGUGAUGGAUCGUAGUUAUACAUUGAAGCACUCAUCCAGUCAAGCCCUCUCGUCCCUGCUUCAGUCAUUCAUGGAAAUUGGCACUCAGAUUGAUUCCUUGCGGCGCUUCACCAAGUCCCCACAGGUGAUUCCUUACAUGCAAACGUUUUGUCGGGGCAUAGAGGAGCGCUUGCUUGAGUUUGACAGAAAGCUCUCACAGAACCAAGUCAAUUACCUUUCCGCUGGGUGUACGGUAAGCUUACUUCAAUUGCUCAAUGACGUUCGCCAGCACUCCUGCCACUUGCAGCUGUUGUCGGACCUAAUCUCCAGACUGAAAAGAGGUUCGGAGGCCCAGCCCAUGCGUUGUCUUGACCUGCUUUAUGACUUGGUUUGCAUGCGAGAAGCUUUGGGUGACGAAAGCGAAACAUUAUCUGCUCUAUUUUUCUCUUGCCUCAAGACCUAUACUACAUCCAUCUCACGCUGGAUGGAAACUGGGUAUCUCGAUUCCCAAGACAACACGUUCUUUGUUCAAAAACACGCCGAAAACCGUGAUUUCAAAACUAUCUGGCAUGACUGGUAUACGUUGGAUGAUGUAGAUCGACCACAGAAUAUUCCCAAAUUUCUCAAAGCCGGCAUUCGCAAAAUUUUCAUUACCGGCAAGAGCAUGGUUUUUCUACGCCACCUCAACGCGCUUCCUGACAUCUCCGAACGCCCACAAAAUGGAGCCCUGAUGCUCCAAGACUCUCAAUCUACCGGCUCAUUUCUACCACUCCCUUUCUCUUCUCUGGUGGAGUCUGCCUUCGAUCGCCUAGUGGAUUCCCACCAUUCUUCUAGUGCCGGUCUUUUGCGGAAGGAGCUUGAUGAGCAAUGCGGCCUGUGGACUUCGCUCGAUGCCUUGCAGCACGUGUAUCUCGGCAGCGAUUUGAGCAUCCUUGGCACGAUCGACACUAAGAUCUUCGAGCUGAUGGACCGGGGUCGCUCGUGGGACGAUAAAUUCCCUCUUAAUGGAGGUCACGAGAUCGGCAUUCAGUGUCAUGCCCACCAUCGACCCUUCAAGACUCAUUUCGCCAAUAUCAUCACUCCAGAUGCAAUGGCAACAUACCAGCGCAUAUCCACAUUUCUCCUCCAGAUCCGACGUUCAAAGUAUGCCAUCGUCAAACAACGCGCACGAGAGGCGCGCAGAGCUGGAGGAGAUGGUAAAGAUAAUAAGCUCGUUCAUGCCCUCCACCACAACCUCUUAUGGUUCCUCGACUCCCUCUACUCCCAUCUCACAUACUUUGUCAUAGCUACCUCAAAUCAAUAUUUCCACUUGGCGCUCUCAAAUGCUGAAGACGUUGAUGCAAUGAUUGCCGUUCAUCAAUCCUAUACGGCCUCUCUCGAAGAGCAAUGCCUUCUCAGCAAGAAUCUCUCGCCGAUCCACGAAGCUAUAAUCAACCUCCUGGAUCUUUCGAUAAACUUCGCGGAUCUGCAGACCGUUCACGCAGCUGAAGAAGGCCCGGCAGACCCAGAUAACACUAUCAACCUGGACGCACUGCGUCCCAGCCGAGUCGCGGAAGAUGAUUCCGAUUCCGAUUGGGACGAGGACAAGAAUGAGUUCGACCAUGAACAAACGCUCACGAUAUCAUUCCGAGACUCGCCCUAUGACCAGCAGAUGCGGAACGUGAAACUGCAAUUUGACCAUCUGGCCAGCUUCGUCGCCGAUGGGUUGAAAGGCGUAGCUCGUGCUGACGGUAUGCCGAGCUGGAAUAUUCUGGCAGAUAGACUUGAAUGGCAGAAAGGCUGGCUCAGGUCAUAG